AUGUUAACCAAACACUUGCAAAAACACUCGAAUACCUUGGCGCACAUUAUUCAAACCUACGCCCAAUCCAAACAGUUAUCUAAUGGAAAGCUACUUCAUGCGCAGCUCAUCACCUCUGGGUACCCAUCAUCCACAUAUCUUAUCAAUCAUCUCAUGUCAAUGUAUGCAAGAUGCGGCCAACUCGGGUACGCCCAUAGGCUGUUCGAUGAAAUGCCUCAAAGAAACUUGGUGUCUUGGACUGCUAUGAUCUCUGCGUUUUCUCAGAAUUCUGAGUUCACAAAAGCAAUUACCACAUUUUGUGGAAUGUGCGUCUCCGGUGAAAGCCCAAACCAAUUUGCGUUUUCCAGUGUGAUUCAAGCUUGCUCGUCUCUCAAAUCUGUCCAAAUUGGUAAACAAAUCCAUUGUCUUGCUCUUAAGGUUGGGUUUAGUUUUGAGCUUUUUGUGGGUAGUAAUUUAGCAGACAUGUACUCAAAAUGUGGGUCUAUCAUUGAGGCUUGUAUGGUUUUUGAGGAGAUGCCUUCUAAAGAUGAAGUUUCAUGGAACUCAAUGAUUAAUGGGUAUGCAAAAAAUGGUUAUAACGAAGAAGCACUAGUUUCUUUUAAGAAGAUGCUGACUGAAGAUGUUACAAUCGAUCAACAUCUUCUUUGUAGUACACUUUGUGCUUGUGGACCUUUAAAAGCAUAUAACAUUGGAAGAUCUCUUCAUUCCUUUGUUACAAAAUUGGGAUUUGAACAACAUAUUUCUGUGGGCAAUGCACUUAUGGACAUGUAUUGUAAACUAGGAGACAUGGAUAGUGGUUCACAGUUGCUCAACAUCAACUCUAAAUGUACAAAUAUCGUUUCCUAUACUUCUUUGAUUGAUGGAUAUGUUGAAUCUGAUCAAAUCGAGAAGGCAUUCACUAUUUUCAUUGAGCUAAAAAGACAAAGAGUUGAACCUAAUGAAUUCACCUUUUCUAGCUUAAUCAAAGCUUGUGCUAAUCAUGCUACACUUGAACAAGGGGUCCAACUUCAUGCCCUAGUGUUAAAAUACAAUCUUGAUCAAGACCCUUUUGUUUCUUCCAUCAUUGUUGACAUGUAUGGGAAAUGUGGUUUGCUUGAUCAUUCACUUCAAGCAUUUGACAAAAUCUCUAAACCAAAUGAGUACACAUGGAAUUCAUUGAUUGGUGUGUUUGCUCACCAUGGAUUAGGGCACAAAGCUAUAGAUGUAUUUGACAAGAUGUUAUUGCAUGACAUUAAACCAAAUUCAGUCACAUUUAUAAAUCUUCUAAACGCAUGUAGCCAUUCAGGGUUAUCAACAGAAGGAUUAAGCUACUUCAACUCCAUGGAAACAAUCUAUGGUGUAAAACCUAAAUCAGAACAUUACUCUUGUGUUAUUGACUUGUUGGGAAGAUCAGGGAAGCUUAAAGAAGCUGAAGUUUUUAUAAAAAGUAUGCCAUUUGAGGCAAACGCCUACGCAUGGUGUUCUUUUUUAGCUUCUUGUAGAAAAUAUGGUGAUAAAGAAAGGGGAGAGCUUGCAUCCAAAAGUUUAAAGAUUAUCGACCCUUUAAACAGUGGGGCCCAUGUUUUACUUUCGAAUAUAUACGCAAAAGAACAACAAUGGGAGGAUGUGAAAAGUGUUAGAAAGAUGAUGAAAGAUGAAAAUGUGAAAAAACUCAAGGGGUGUAGUUGGGUUGAUGUUGAUAACAGAGUUCAUGUUUUUGGAGUUGAAGAUUUGUGCCAUGGGGAUAAAAAGGAGAUUGAUUUGAAACUUGAUGAUCUUUUGAGGAAGAUAAUUGAAGUUGGAUAUGUUCCUGAUGUUGAAUCUGUUCCAUUUGAUUUGGAUUAUGAUAUGAAGGUGAAGAUUUUGAAUCAUCAUAGUGAGAGGAUUGCAAUAGCGUAUGCACUUAUAAGGAUGCCUAUUGGGAAACCGAUUAUUGUGAAGAAGAAUUUAAGAGUUUGUGUUGAUUGUCACUCUGCAAUUAAGUUGAUGUCUAAAGUUGAAGGGAGAGAGAUUAUUCUUAGAGAUAAUAGUCGGUUUCAUCACUUUGUGGAUGGAUCUUGUUCUUGUAAGGAUUUUUGGUAA